AUGGUGAUGUCUUGCCAUCAUGAACCAGCAGCUCAUGAGUUAUCAUCUUCUUCUUGUAGUAGUAGUGGUGGUGGCGGAGGCUGUGGGCCAAUGUUUUAUGGCACAAGCAACCAUGUUGCUUGUUUUGGUGAUAUAAACGAUGUUGUAGCCUCUGUAUCUGCUACUGGGACUGCGAUUACUGAUGCAAUAGCAGUGUCGAAGUCAUUGCAGUACCCCUACUUCACCUCUGAUUCUUCUCUUUUUACCUUCACUUCCUCAGGAGAAAUGACUCCAUCUGUGAAUGAGAGAGUGCUUUUUACAGCUGCUCAGUGGCAAGAACUUGAAAGACAAACCACGAUUUACAAGUACAUGAUGGCAUCUGUUCCUGUCCCUCCUGAACUCCUUAUGCCCAUCACCAAAACACAAUCAAAUGUCUUUCCUCCACAAUCAAACAGUUCGCUAGAACUGGGGAUUCCUAGCUUGAGCUCAUCAGAUCCAGAGCCAUGGAGAUGCAAAAGAACUGAUGGGAAAAAAUGGAGGUGUUCAAGAGAUGUGGCGCCUGACCAGAAGUACUGUGAGAGGCACUCUCAUAAGAGCCGUCCCCGUUCAAGAAAGCCUGUGGAAUUACAUACUAAUGACUCCCUGAGGACCAUGACCAACAACACCACUGCCCCCACCACCAGCAAUUACUCCACUAAUCCACACUUGUUUAAUCAAAAACCCUACUUUCCAAGCCAUUUAUUUACGUUUCCUAGUGUCAUGGCCUCUUCUGUCACCUCAUAUGAUCAGUCCAGGAGCUUGGAAUGGGUCUUGAAAGGUGAGACUUUACCUGUUGCUAAUUCCAGCCAAGAAUGGCAGCAUUUGAAGAGAGACAGCAUCAAGGGUAAUGACACAGCGUACAACUUUCAUAGAGAAGAGCAUCAGGUUAGCUCAAAUACAUACAGAGUUGGCCAUUCAUUGCAAGCUCAGAGGCUAAAUGAUCAUUGCAGCAUGUUAUCAAGUCUCAAAUCAACUACUUUGGAAAAGACUUUAAAUCCUACCCAGACACAAGCACAAGAGACAAGGCACUUCAUUGAUGCUUGGUCAACUAAUUCAGGUAGAGACGACGUUGGUGGGACUGGUAAAAAAAGUUAUGUUGCUUCAAGUGAGAAGUUAGUACUGCCACAUUCAGCUCUUACAUUGUCAAUGUCAUCUGGUGGUGGAAAUGAAACUAAUAACGAAGGAAAUGGAAGUGCUCAACUGGGUAGUUUUGGGAUCAUGGGAUCAUCAGACACAGAUCAUCAAAGUUUGAGUAGCUUGAGACCUCAGUGGAUGAUGAGUCAUGGUGGUUCAUGGAUGGGUUCACCACCUGGUGGACCAUUAGCUGAAGCCUUGUGCCUUGGCAUUUCCAGCAAUGCAGAAACUGCUUCCAAUUUGGCGUCUCCUCGUAGCAGUAGCUGUGGCCCCAAUGUCAACAGAAACUAA